AUGCCCGUGUCGAUAUCCCCAGCCCAGCCCAAAGAUGCAGUCGACAUCGCCGCCCUACAUGUCCAAGCGUUCAGCUCCAACGCCCUCAUGCGAGCCAUCUACCCCACCCCUGCUAUAUGGGCAGCACUUCAGGGCUGCGUCGAAGAAAAAAUCUUAGCUGACAUGAAGGAGCCCAAAAUUACAGUCCUAGUCGCCAAACACACGGACGAGGCUGAAGUGAGGGAAGAGCAAGGUAAGACUGUAGGCUAUGCCGUGUGGUGCCAUCCGAUCAAGGCCGAAGAGCAGGACUGGAAACUACCAACUUGGAAGUUGCCGGAGGGCACUGAUUGGAAUGUGUUGAAGCCUUGGUUAGCGGCCGCUGGAAAGACUGUGGAGGAAGUCAUUGGGCAUACGCCGCAUUAUGAUCUUAUGUGGCUCGCUGUAUCACCUGAUUAUUCUCGAAUGGGUAUUGGUACCUUGCUACUGCGUUGGGGCAUGGACUUGUGCGAGAAGGAAGGGGUGCCUGUGUACUUGGACAGUACCGUUGAAGCUGCGCAGACGUUUUAUCAGAAAGCGGGCUUCAUAGAGAGGGGUAGAAUCAGGUUGGUAGUUAAUGGGGACAUGUACGAGGAGGUCGCUUUUGUGUACGAGCCCAAGCGAUAG